AUGCCCAUUAAACAAGGCGACACGAUCCCCGACACUACCUUUAACUACAUCCCCUGGUCCAAGGACAUCCAGGAUGGCAAGGCCUCUGGUUCCCCGACUAGCUUCAAGGCCCAUGAGCUCUGGAAGGGCAAAAAGGUCGUGAUUGUGUCCAUCCCUGGCGCCUUUACCCCGGUUUGCCACAUGAGCCACAUCCCUGGCUUUAUUUCGAAGCUCUCCGACAUCAAGGCCAAGGGCUACGAGGUCGUGAUCAUUGCUGCGAACGACCCCUUUGUGAUGAGUGCCUGGCGCGUUAACAUGGAAGUCGAGGACAAGAUCUUGUUUGCCACCGACGCUAAUGCUGAGUUUUCGAAGCAGUUCGGUGCGUCGGUCGACAUACCUGAGAAUGGCUUUGGCGUUCGCACCGCGCGCUACGCGCUCGUGAUUAACGACCUCAAGGUGGAGUACUUUGGCAAGGACGAUGGCGACUUGAAGGACAGCAGCGUCGAGGCUGUUCUUCUUCAGCUCAAGUAA